UCCUCCCGGAGCAGUUCCUCGCCUCCUUCGGGGAAAGGGGACAACCCUUUUUGAUCUCACCGUCUAAUCAACUCACCAGUGCGUGCACGUAACUUUUCAGACAAGGCUGUUCGGCGCGUAACGAGGAAAUCGCACUCUUUCCACCGUGUACUUGCAGCCUGUUCUACUUAACAGAAAGAAAGCAUAUAGCCUACGACCCCCUCAGAUAUAAGUAGUGUUAAAGGAAUUCAAAAUAUUCUGUUGCCUAACAAGGUCGGUGCAAGAUAAUACAACAAGUGAUAAAGCGGCGAGACAGGCGGCAGCGUAUGGAUUCUACAUUUGCCGCGAAAGGGGGUUUAUGAACCUGCUACAUUCAGGAAGGUUACGGAUAAAACGGCGACAGGUCAGGCAGCGAUUUCAGGAUUGCAUGACCUCAAUUAUGUGAACAGAAUAUAAGCUUGCGGAAACUGUACGCGAGCACACAACUAUACGGCCGACGGAAAGGGGGACGGUGUCAUUUAAUUUUUCCAUCCAGGGGUAUCUGGAAUUUAUUCACCCAGAGGGCAUCUGAUCAAAACACAGUUCAGAAUGCAACUGUCACUGUUUUUCGUAUUGUUGGUCGGGAUUCAUCAAAGCUCGAAGCUGGUGGCUUCCAGUAUAUCAUUCCGAUCUACACAGUUAAGGCGUGAUGACAGCAAUCACCUCACAGACUUGUACCGGGCGGAGGAGAGCCUCAACGUGACAGGCAGCGGGCACCUGCACAGUCCGCGAUACCCCAGUGCCUACCCCCGCAACCUGCUCCUCACCUGGAGGCUGCACUCGCCCGCAGACACACGCAUCCUGCUGGAGUUCAACAGCCACUUCGGCCUGGAGGAGUCCGAGAACGACGUCUGCAAGUAUGACUAUGUGGAGGUGGAGGACAUCUCGGAGACCAGCACCAUCAUCUGGGGCCGCUGGUGCGGGACCAAGGCCCCUGCCCACAUCACCUCCAAGACCAACAUCAUCAAGGUCACCUUCAAGUCUGACAACUACUUUGUGGCCAAGCCCGGCUUCAAGCUCCAUUACUCUCUCCUGGAUGAUUCUCCUCCAAUCACCUCACAGAAGAACUGGGAGGUGAUCACCCACUCCAUGGCAGCUCCAUUGACGUACGUCUCGCCGGUGACGGAGCGUCCUCUGAGCAUGGCGGAGCUGGACAAGGCCAUCGCCUCCUUCAGCACGGUGGAGGACAUGCUGAGGCACCUAAACCCGGAGUCGUGGCAGGAAGACAUGGACAGCCUGUACCAUGACACCAGCAGCCAGUACAGGCCCCGCGCCUACCACCACGACCGCAAAGGCAAGGUUGACCUGGACCGUCUGCACGAGGACGUGAAGCGCUACAGCUGCACGCCGCGGAACUUCUCGGUGAACCUGCGGGAGGAGCUGAAGGCCACCAGCGCCGUCUUCUUCCCGCGGUGCCUGCUGGUCCAGCGCUGCGGGGGCAACUGCGCCUGCGGCACCGACAACUGGAACUCCUGCACCUGCACCGCCGGCAAGACAUCCAGCAAGCUGCACGAGGUGCUGAAGUUCUCCCCCAGUCCAGGUUACUUCAGGAAGCGCUCUCGAGCACGCUGGGUUCUCGAGGAGAUCCACCUGGUUCACGACGAGCGUUGUGACUGCGUGUGCCACGACCGACCCCCGCGAUGAGACAGAGGCAUCCUGGGGGAAAAAAGACACACACACACACAGCUCUGGGACUCUUUUUAGCUCUGCAGAUCCUCUCACUUGUACUACAACCCCUCAUCCUCAUGUCUCGCUUAGUAUGAGGGUGAGAAAUUGUGUGUGUGGGUAUGUGUGUGUGUAAAGAAACAGAGAAAGCAUUGGAGAGUGUCUUUGUGUGUGUGUAUGAUAAAUAUGAGUGUGUGUGUGUGUGUGUGUGUGUGUGUGUGUGUGUGUGUGUGUGUGUGUGUGUGUGUGUAACAUUUGUAAGUUUGUACUGUAUGUCUUUUCUAUGUUUGUUUCUUAUCAUAAUUGCGUUCCAUUAGCCUCCUGUUGUUUUAAGACUUCACACAUAAUCUCACUUGUUUCAAUAGAAUCCUUCUGAGAGCCAUCAGUCUGGAGGAACUAAGCAUGUGUAGCCUUUUUUUCUAUUUUACGGAGCGACACACAAACACCGCUCAUCGCUGUGUCGCUCUGAAGAAAGCAGUGUUAUUUAUUUGACAGUUUUCUGUCAUUCUUUUUAUGUCUCAGAUGAUGAUGAUGAUAAUUAUGAUGAUGAUGAUGAUGAUGAUGGUAUGCUUGUGUCCGGCCCUAGUCUUUAUUGGUAGUGUGAGGGUGUUAGUGGUUCCAGGCAGUGGGGGCCAAGCCAAACUCUCUCCAAACAUUCCAGCUUUUGUUGUUCCUGCCCUCGUCCAUACAUGCUUUUCCUACUCAGGCAGAUCAGAGGAAGAGAGAGAGGAAAGGGGGGGG